AUGAGCUGCACCAGGCUGGGUCUCUCUCUCCUGCUGCUGGCUGCCCUGGGCUGGACUGAGGACGAGCAUGGCUCAGAGGACUCUUCUCACCCCAAAAAGAAAGGUCCUGGCCACGGUCACUGGAGCUAUGCAGAUAAGGACGAGUGGCAGCUGGAGUUUCCAGACUGCGGUGGGCAGAUGCAGUCUCCCAUCAAUAUUGACACCAAUUCCACAAUCUUCAGCCGUGAGCUGCAGCCUGUUGUGCUGGCGGGUUACAACCUGGACCCCAGUGAGCAGCUCAGUCUAAUGAACAACGGACACACAGUUGUCCUUCGGCUGCCUGGCUCUCUGACUAUUGCCAGCGGCUACCCGCAGGAGUACAGAGCUAUGCAGCUACACCUGCACUGGGGCUCCCCGGAAGGACCUGGCUCCGAACACACCGUGGACGGACGCCGCUAUGAUGGGGAGAUCCAUAUGGUUUAUUACAACCCCAGCUCUGACAGCAUCAAAGAGGCAAUGAGGCAACCCGGUGGCCUGGCAGUGCUGGCAGCUUUCCUGCAGGUUGGGCCGGAGGACAACGUGCACUAUCAGCAUCUGCUUGAGCAGCUGCAUGAGGUCCAAGAGGAAGGCAAGGAAACGACUGUGGCUGGAUUCAAUAUUGAAGGGUUGCUGCCCGCCAACCUAAGCCGCUAUUACCGCUACAGCGGCUCUCUGACCACCCCUCCCUGCUACCAGACGGUGAACUGGACUGUCUUCAACCAGACGGUGCUGCUGUCCAAGGAGCAGAUCUCGCUGCUGGAGACCACGCUGCAGGGAGACGAUGACAAGGAUCUGCAGAACAACUUCCGGCUAACCCAGAGCCUGCACGGACGGAAAGUCCUAGCGAGUUUCCAGGCAUCCCUCAGCCCGAGGCAGGUCCCGCUACCUGACGACGGAGUUCCCCCCAUGACGCCCGCCCCUGACGGUGCCACAGAGAGAAGCACGGCCGAAGCUCCCGGAGCAGAUGGCAGCGAUGCCCCUGUGACUCCUGCCCCUGAAGAUGCUGCAGGGGGAAGCACCGACAAAGCGCCUGAAGAAGGUGCUGGCUGCCCACCAUGCGCAGAUUCAGAAAAACAGCUGGGCUUCGCCCUGCAGACAGCGGAGGUGCUGGCCGGUCUCUUCGGGGGUCUCUUCGCAGUCACGGCUCUGGCCUUCCUCAUCUACAUCUACAAGCAGCGCAGCCAGACUAGGAGGCCGGACUCUCACCCCAAGCCCAACGUCAUCUACACAGCAGCCACCACAGAUGAGAACGCGGUGUAG